AUGCGACUUUGUGGGUUUGAGAUAAGAGUUGGAGAUAGUUUGGAAAAUAAUGGAACUAUGAACCCAAGAUGUGGAACUCAACAACAUAUCCCUUCUGAUCAGGUAAAACACCUAAAUUUACCAGGUCUUAUCAUUGAUUGGGUUCCAUUUGCCCAACUUUCAGUUUGAGGCUGGCACGAAAGUUUGCAGUUUAACCCUAUGGUUUAAUGCAGAAAUUUUUUCUGAACUUCAACAUUUUAUACAAGCAAUACAAACAAAAUAGACACUUGUUUCCUUUGGUAAGCUAGAAGACUUAUUCGUUCAGAAAAACGUAAGUCGCUAGAUGUAAAAUACACACGAUAAUAGUUAAAACUGUUUUUCAUAGGAGGGUAUAGUCUCGUGCAACCCAACAGUGGUUGGUCGUUAUGUGACAGUUGUUAUUCCAGGAGAAAAGAAAACACUAACGUUGUGCGAAAUUGAAGUUUAUGGUACUAGUGUUUUAG